AACUAAGUUGGCGUUUCGUUUAAUUUCCAGUUUCCAUUUCGUUUUUCCUCUAAUCAAUCAAAUUGGUUGAGAGCUUGAGAUAUUAUUAUAAAUAGAAAUAAUAUAUAAAGAGACAGAAAAAUACAAAGUAAGUUGAGAGUUAGCAGAGCCGAGGAGGGUGACGUUGACUGGCGGAGGAGAAGUCGAGCUGAGCUCAGUUUUCCAACCCGAAUUGCAAGGGUCGAGUCGAGUUGAGUCUUUUUCGGAAUGGGCAACUGCUUCUCUAACGACACCGGCGGGAUGUCGGCCGUGGGUGGCACCGCCGCUGCUCACGGAAAUCCCUACGACGGUCCGAACGACGCCGUCGAUUUGUUCCUUAGGAAUCGCGGCUACAACGGCCUCUUCUCUCAGAUCGAGUUAUCGUUUGCUGCAAUAGACUUGCGCGAUCGGGACGUGCUCUCCAAGAGUGAUCCCAUGGUGGUUAUUUAUACAAAAGGAAGAGAUGGAGGACUUUCAGAGCUUGGUCGCACUGAAGUAGUUCUAAAUUCAUUAAAUCCAAAGUGGAUCACAAAACAUAAUAUCACUUAUCAUUUUGAGGUUGUGCAGACUCUGGUGUUUCGUGUGUAUGACGUUGACACUCAGUUUCACAAUGUAGAUGUGAAGAUGCUUAGGUUGGAAGAGCAACAAUUUCUUGGUGAGGCAACCUGUGCACUGUCUCAGAUAGUUCCUAAAUCAGACAGGUUAUUAACCCUCGAUCUUGUAUAUAGAGAAGACUCAGAGCCAAGCAGAUCCAAUCGUCAUAGAGACCGUGGAAAGCUCAUUGUGCAUGCUGAGGAAUCUGUUAGCUCAAAGACAACGGUAGAGAUGAGUUUAAGGUGUUCAGAUUUGGAAUACAAGGAUCUCUUCUCAAAAAGUGACCCUUUUUUGAUAAUAUCAAAACUUACGGAGAGUGGGACCACAAUUCCAGUUUGCAAAACAGAAGUCAUAAAGAAUGAGCUCAAACCCUCAUGGAAACCAAUAUAUUUAAAUAUUCAACAAGUUGGAAGCAAGGAUAGCCCAUUGAUAAUGGAGUGUUUUAAUUUCAAUAACAAUGGCAAGCAUGAUUUGAUUGGCAAAAUUCAGAAAUCACUGGCAGAGUUGGAAAAGCUUCAUGCUAUUGGGCAAGGAGAGAAUUUAUUUUUACCAACCACUGUUGGGCAUGAUUACCACAACAAGAUACUAAAGAGCCAACUAUUUGUGGACAAGUUUACGGAGAGCAUCCAGCACACCUUCCUUGAUUAUUUGGCUGGGGGCUGUGAAUUGAACUUCAUGGUCGCUGUUGAUUUUACAGCUUCAAAUGGAAAUCCUCGCCUGCCUGAUUCUUUGCAUUAUAUAGAUCCUUCAGGACGGCCAAAUGCAUACCAGAAAGCAAUCAUCGAUGUUGUGGAGGUGUUGCAGUUUUAUGAUUCAGACAAGCGCUUUCCUGCCUGGGGAUUUGGAGCCCGACCAAUUGAUGGUCCAGUAAAUCAUUGUUUCAACUUGAAUGGGAGUAGUCAUUACUGUGAGGUUGAAGGAAUCCAAGGAAUCAUGAUGGCAUAUACAAGUGCCCUCCAAAAUGUUUCUCUUGCAGGACCAACUCUUUUUGGACCUGUAAUUACCAAUGCUGCAUUAAAUGCCAGCCAGUCUGUUGCAAAUGGUGGACGAAAAUACUUUGUUUUGUUAAUAAUCACGGAUGGAGUAGUGACAGAUCUCCAAGAAACCAAAGAUGCCCUCGUGAAAGCAUCUGACCUGCCAUUGUCAAUCCUCAUUGUUGGAGUAGGAGGAGCUGACUUCAAAGAAAUGGAGAUUUUGGAUGCUGACAAGGGUGAGAGACUUGAAAGUUCGACUGGACGUGUGGCUUCACGUGAUAUAGUUCAGUUUGUUCCAUUCCGAGAUGUACAAAGUGGAGAAAUUUCUGUUGUUCAGGCACUUCUAGCAGAGCUACCUUCUCAAUUUCUGACUUACAUGCGAUCCAGAGAUGUCAAACCAAUUUUGUGAUCAUGUAAAGAACUGUACAUAUGAAGAUUUGAUCCUCACGCAGUAUGAGCCUGAAUAUUUUUUGCUGUUUUUUUUUCCCCUUUUUGGCUGCAUUGAAAUUCAAAUGUGGUUUUAUCAUGAAGAAAAACAAUUCUAUGUUGCAUCGUCACAUUCGAGUUGGGCUGGCUGUAGCUGCACAGUCCUCGUGGCCUUGGUGAGACAGCCCAAUUAAAGUGUCCACGGCUUUUCUUUACCAGGCUAGGGUUCUACAAUUAGAGGCCCUACACACGACGAAGCCAGAGUUAUGGCUAUAGGCGACUGGGUUAUCUUUCAAAAUCAACAAUUAGAGAAAGAUGUGAAGAACAGUUUCAGAAUAGAAAUACAAGUAUCUUCAUCUUUUCGAAAUGGAAUCUGUAUGAAGUGUUCAAAAUGCUGCAUAAUCUGGAUUUUUUUUUCCCUUUCCGAAUUUUGUUUAUCAUGUUGCAAAUUUAUAUGUUUCGUGGCAUUAGAACUGUGUGUCGCACCAAACAGCAAUGUCUUUUGAUGGGCUUA